ACUUGACUCACACCUCUUGGCGACGCAUAAAUACCUACUCCGGACACGAUCGACUCGCCCACCAGACAUAACGCAUCAGAUUACCCCGAACAGCAGUGGCCAGUCGGUCCCUUGUCACAUCAUCAUCCCAUCUCGAUGGCAGCAGCAGCCAGGAGCUCCGCCGGAGAAGUGCUCCCGCCUGCACUGGGAGCCGUCUCCGAGCCCCCUCCCCUCUUCGACGGCACCACCAGACUGUAUAUCUGCUACUUCUGCCCGUUUGCUCAGCGUGCUUGGGUUACCCGCAACUGCAAGGGUUUGCGGGAAGAGAUCAAGCUGGUCGGAAUCGAUCUGCAGGACAAGCCAGCCUGGUACAAGGAGAAGGUUUACCCACGGGGCACGGUGCCUUCCCUGGAGCACGACGGCAAGGUGACCGGAGAGAGCUUGGAUUUGAUCAAGUACAUCGACAGCAACUUUGAAGGCCCCGCACUGCUUCCUCAAGAUCCUGCUAAGAGACAGUUUGCUGAUGAGCUGAUUGCGUAUGCUGGCGCGUUUACUAAAGCACUUUACUCGCCCUUGACCUCCCAAGUAGACAUGUCUGAUGACACUGUUGCUGCUCUGGACAAGAUCGAAGCUGCUCUGUCGAAGUUCAGUGACGGCCCGUUCUUCCUUGGCCAAUUUAGCUUGGCGGAUAUUGCGUACGUGACCAUCUUGGAGAGGGUUCAGAUAUACUACUCUCACCUGAGGAACUACGAGAUUGCCAAAGGCAGGCCCAACCUUGAGAAAUACAUCGAGGAGAUGAACAAGAUCGAAGCUUAUACGCAAACAAAAAAUGAACCGCUGAACUUGCUUGAUAUGGCCAAGAGGCAUCUCAAGAUUGCUUGAAGAAGUGGAGGUGUCGCCCAAGGAUUAUAGAAUCGUUAUCUGGGAAUGGCAGUACGUAGCUGAGUCGAUACAGGCUUUAGGGGUCAACCAUCAUGAGUGGGCUUGCGCGCCAUUCCUCCAAGGAGCAUGCUUUUGCCAGAAUAAUUAUGGACAGUGUGUAAUUUCUGGCAGACCAGACCAAUGGUGUUGUGUAAAUUUCAUUGUCAGAUACACGAUGAAGAUGAAAGUGCUAGGAAGUCAAAAACAAAAAAUGAUUCGACACUCUAGUUUCAUAUGAGUGCUAUGGAAAGGUUAAAACUUAAAAGAGUGUCUAUUUUUCACUCGACUCAAAAAAGUUUAUUUCUCAGUCAA